GAACAGAACCAAGUUAAUUAGAAAGAUGAGAGGAACAUUGAGGGUAAGAUCAUGGGUGGGAAUGCUUGUGUUGGUGUUAAUGGUGGGAGAUGUUUGUGUGUUUCCUAUGGUUAGUGGAGCUACGACCCCUAGCCAGUGCAAGGAGGAGAAAAGGCUUCUGGUUAAUGCUUGUAGGCCUGUCAUUUUUGGACAAAACCCUUCUGCUGAUUGUUGCCAGCGUGUUAGGGUCACCCAAGUUGAGUGUGUGUGCCCCUCUGUUACCUCUAAGUUGGCAGCCCUCAUCGGAGUUCAACGUACCAUCAAGCAGAUUGAAGGUUGCGGAAGGGCCGUCCCUCGCAACUUCAAGUGUGGGAGUAUCACUACUCCACCAUGAGCAAGUGAUGGAUUGAGAUGGUUGUCCCCCACACAUAUAUAUUAUCAGGAAAUUCUCAUUGUUCUAAGUUUAAUAUUUGUCGUAGCUCUAUGAGUUUGUCUCACUCUCAAGAGGGGGGGGGGGAAGUGAGAGAGAAUAAUGUAACUCUAGCAAUAACAAAUAUAAUGAAAUAAUCUCCCCUGUUAUGUAUUUAUUUUCUUUUGUCCUGUCAAACUAUUUCCAUGAAAGAUGUAUGGCGUCUGUAGAUCAUUGUGUCUCAAGUCUCAAGCACCAUUGAACAACUUUGACAUAUUAUUGACGCGAAUUUGGC